AUGGAGAGAGUCUUUGAUCAAUUAGAAUGCUCCAAUGCUGCCAAAUCCAAGUAUGUUGUCUCUCUUUUACAAAAAGAUGCCUAUGAUUGGUGGAUGACCGUGCCUAAUGCCAAAGCAAGACCUCCAGUUCUUACUUGGAAUGACUUUAUGGAUGCAUUUCGUAUGAAAUAUGUCCCUCUUUUCUAUUGUGAUGCAAAGAAGAAGGAGUUUCUGGAUCUUAAGCAAAGGAGUAUGUCUAUUGCAGAGUAUCAACAAAAGUUUCUUGGGCUUUCUCGUUAUGCUGGAGGUAUUAUCUCUGAUGAAAAAGAUAAAUGCAGGAGAUUUGACUAUGGGUUGAAUGACUCCAUCCGAAAAUCUGUGGCGGUCCUACAACUUGAUAAUUUUGACAAACUAGUUUCAGCUGCUCUUACUUGGGAAAGAAUCGACAAGGAAGAAGCUAGUAGAAAUGAGAACAAGUCCAGAAAAGCUAAUUCAGAUCAUGGAGGUCCAUCCAAAAAGGGGAAGUUUGAUCAUUCUAGGCCUGGUAGUGUUCACAAGUCAGCUCAACAUAAGCAAAGUCGAUCAAAUUUUUCUUCCUCGCUAGCACUCAAGUCAUGGCCAAGGCAAGACUCGUGUACCCUUGUCCUCAAUGUGGGAAGAAUCACUAUGGUGCUUGUAGGAAAGCUUCUGGUGCUUGUUUUAAUUGUGGAAGCCUUGAUCACAAAGUGA